CUCAAGCAACUCAUCACUCACUUCUUUCUUCCCCAUUGUCAACUUAAACUCAAACAAAAGAUUCUUUAACUUUGAUCGAGUUCUUUUAGGUUGAAUAUAAGUUUAGCAAGAAGAGCAAACUUACUUAUCUUAACAAGUCAUCAACUGGCUGGAUUCAUCCCAUACAAUAGUUGUUGUAGAAAGUUUUUUGGACCAGAAAUUCUCAAACCUAACUCUCGAUCACUCAAUUCCCAGCUAUUUCGAUCAUCAUCAAAGUUCACACAUCAAUCUACACCCCACAAAGUUAUCUAAUCCAUCAUCUUCAUCUUCAAAUCAAGUUGAGAUCUCAAGAUGAAUUUGUUUAGAUUGAUUGGUGAUUUAUCACAUUUAGCUUCAAUCUUUAUUUUGAUUCAAAAGAUUGUAAAGUCUCGUUCAGCAAGAGGUAUUAGUUUUAAAACUCAAGUUCUCUAUGUACUUGUCUUUAUGACUCGUUAUGUGGAUCUGAUCACUGGACCUUAUAUCUCGAUAUAUAACACCGUUAUGAAAAUCUUCUUUAUUGUAUCUUCGGCUUAUAUUGUUUACCUGAUGUAUUUCAAGUACAAACCUACUCAAGAUCCUGCAAUCGAUACGUUCAGAGUCGAAUACCUACUUGCACCCUGCGCUUUACUGUCUUUGGUCUUUAACUAUAAAUUCACUGUUGUGGAAGUCUUGUGGGCUUUUAGUAUUUACUUAGAAGCUGUGGCCGUCUUCCCUCAGUUGUUCAUGUUACAUCGAACUGGUGAAGCUGAGACCAUCACCACUCACUAUCUGUUUGCACUUGGACUUUACCGAGCCAUGUACAUUCCUAACUGGAUCUUCCGAUACAUGACUGAGGACACUGUUGACCCUAUUGCAAUCAUCUCCGGUAUAGUUCAAACUGGUCUCUACGGCGACUUCUUCUACAUCUACUUUACAAGAGUGAUGCGAGGACAAAAGUUUGAGUUACCAGCAUAAGAAGAUGAAAAAACCAAAAAACAAAGGAGAGUGGAUUGAAGAAAGAAGAUGUGAUGAUCGAUAUAGAUGAAGAUCACCAAGAUGUGAGAGUGAGAUUCAUGAUAGACAAAAUAUCCAAACAAGACAAAUGAUUGUUUUUUUCUUUUGAGUGUGAUACCUUUAUCUCAAUGAAAUCAAUAAUCAAUCUAUUGUUUUUUUCUUUGUAUAUUGGGGUUACAUUUUUUUGAUGAAGAGAUCUAGUGUGUGUGUGUGUGUGUUUUCGUUUCGAAAACUCUGAUUUUUUUUUCAAUCUUCUCUUCAUUUAGUGUGUAGAUUGUUUUAUAAAAAUGAAGGAAAUGAAAGAAGAAGAAGAAAAAAACCUCGAUAAGGUUUCUUGGUGGUUUAGGUAUUAAAACUUUCAUGGGUUCUACAUUUUUUUGGUUUUGGUUUUUGUCAAUUUUGUGGUCUCUUUCUCCUAUGAAUCUUCUUACUUUUUUUUCACACUUUUACUGUAAAUUUUGGCAGAUCAUCAAUUUACAUAGUUUGGUUGGGUGACUGCUAAGGUUUAAAUGGUUUGAAGGAUUACAUACAUAUAUUGUUGGUUUGAUGCUGAU